CGCCCCUGCUAUUUUAUGCCGGGGGCACCGAGGGAUGAUCUCCCCACAAGAUUUAAUUAGGGUCUCGGCAAACGUCACCGACAGAGUACAGCAGACACAUUUUGUACACAGACGGUGGGGAGGCAGCACGUUGUUUUUAGCUUGUUGUGCCUUCAGUGCGGGGGAGUGGAAGUGUACGUUUGGCAGUAGUAACACGGCCUCGCCUGACGCCACACAGGAAGACCAGUUUGACUGGGUAGCCGAGUCAGUCGCCACCAAACAUUCUGUGCGAGAUAUUAUCUCGUGCCCAAUCUUCCAACAUGGGGGCCGGCCGCUGCCUUGUUGGAACCAUGGCAAGCUUGCUGUCGCCAUUUUUCCUCGCCAGCCUGUUGGUAGCUGUUGUGAAAGCGGAAAUCCGGUGUUACUGCAACACGCCGACCUGUGUGACGACAGGGUACAUGUGUAAGUCUGAGCUGGGGAUCUGUUACUCCGACCUGCUGGGAGAUUACCGCAAACACUCCCCGCCGGAGCACGGCUGUAUCGACCACCGCCCGGAGUCCCGGAGCCCCGUGCUCUGUCCGGACGGCGCGGCCGAGGGGUCCAGUAGAGACUGGCCGCUGGUGCAGUGCUGUACGGAGGAUAUGUGCAACUAUAACGACCACCCCGGGAUACCAUUCCAGACCAGCAGUGACAGAACAGAUCACGAAAGACAGAACGACUGGUCACCAGUAGGUCCUGACGAACAACUACCGAGUAGCAGCGCCAUCUGGUUCCGCGCGGCUGUCAUUGCAGUUCCCAUCACCGGCGCCGUGAUCCUGACAUUUCUAGUCUUUGUUGCAAUCCGGAUGCUGAGAAAUGAAGACAAACGGCACAGGAAAAGACACCAGAUCCUCUCCGCCUUGCACCGGGGAUAUCCGUACUCACAAAAGACGUUUAUUUCCGUGCGGACUCAAGACAUUGAAAAAGAGUCGACGGCGGCGUCAUCGAACUGUGUUACAAGUAGUAGUUCAUUCUCGGCAAGUGAAACUAAAAACAGUUCCAGUAGUCAUCCCAACGUCACGUUAGUACACUGGGAACAAUGCAAUGUUACAGAUAGUAUUGAUGUCAUCUGACAUUACAGAACGGAGCUAAUGUCUAGUGUGGACCACUGACCGGACAGCGGGUUCUGUCUGCCAACAUAUUAACAGAACUACUUUUCGCAUAGCGAUUUGCACAAGCAAUAACAAUAUUGCAUAUUUCGUUGGCAUUGUCAGUGCGGUCAUCUUACGUACAACAAACCGCCCUGUACAAUCACAACAAUCACGCUACGGACAAUCGGAAGUGUUUUUAGUGUUUUUAUCGUCGAUGAAAGAACCCAGGACGCACGGGUAUAUGAUACUGUAUAGGGCUUUUUUAAUGUUGCCAAACAGUUUGUUCGAAUUGUAUUUAUAUUGCCAUGCUACGUGGAAUUAAAAGAUGUGUACAUAAUAAGAUAGAAACUUAAUAAAACAAUUUAUCAGAUAA